UUUUGUUGCCCACCCAACUUUUGAUGCACCCGAUGAAAGUCUUUCAAGAUAUGAUAAUGUCCACUGAACUUAUCCAGUAACAUGUAACAUUUUGGCAUAGUUUUAAAUGUACAGAUGCUGUAGGUAUAGACACAUGAGUGACUUUACUGUAAAUCUAUAGAGAAUUUUUCCCAAAGUCAACUCUUACACCCAAGAUAUUAGAAAAUAAUUAAUGUUUUUGUUGGUUCAAUCCCUUUCAAAACCCACUGCUUGGUAAGCCUUGAUGGAUGAUUUCCCAGAAAGAUUCUAAAACCAGGGCACUCCGAAGAGAGGGGUUUUAACAAAAGAGAAGCCGGUUGUGAUUUUUAAUGAUUUCUCUGUUGGUCCUCUCACUUUCUUCCUACCUCUCUGUGAAAGACAAAGAGUAGCGGGGACACAUUUCACUGGAGCUCUACAUCAACCUGAAGUCUUAUAGCUUUAUAACGUGUGAAUGUGCAUGUGCACAGACACGUGUAGCUUUGUAAUGAAAGUUAUCUACAGUCAGUCCAAUGCUACCCGCUAAAAGCAGAUGAUAACAUCUGUAAACACAGAUGGGUGGAGAUUUAGAAGAAGCAGGCGGCAAACACGCAGUCGUCAGAAGAGUCAGUCUGAGUGGAAAAGUACUGAGAGGCAGGGUGAUGAGGAGGUGUGGGAUGGGGGGAGGGCAGGAUUCGUAAAAAGAGUGUUGUAGCUGCGUCAGUGCCAAGGCACACUACUGCACCUGUAUGAAAGAGAAUACCACAUGGAAUAUUUAGACAAAGAGAGCACUCAUGUCCAAAGAUACUCACAUCACAGAGGCAAUCAACUCUGUGCCUGCUUUCUCUUAGGCAAACACGGAACUCCUUGUGAAUGGUCCUUUAAACUCAAGACAUUUGACAAUCAAUAAGGUGCUUAAGUGGAGACUGCUUUAUACACCAAUAGGGUUCAAAAACUUAAAUUGUCUUAAAGUAUUAGUUUUUAAAAAGUAAUUUCGCUGGUUUAGAACAAUUAUUCCAUAUUUCUAUUUGAAUGAAGAACAGUGAAGAAACCAUUGUCAGUUCAAAAAGGGAAAGUGCAGAUCAUCCCCAGCAUAAACAAAAUACAAAGUUCAAAUGCAAUUUUUACCUCAUAGAUGCACACGAAAGGCUUAACAAGCUUCCAAAAUGGAACUAAAAUAGAAACAGAAACUUGUUUUUUAACCCAUAGCAGGUCUGCCAGGUUUGCUUACGGAGGCUUGCUGUCUGGUUGCUGGAAUGUUUUGUACAUAGCUGAAUGAAACAUAGAUUUUUAGGAAUUUAACUGACUUUAGAUUGCACAGGUAACAUCAUUAAAUGCACCACGGAUAUUUCAAGGAUAAUCAAAUGAAUAACUAAAAUAUAUGAGUUUAACUUCUUAGUCUAGUGUGCCAAGAAUCGGAACCAGGAUUGAAUAAGAACCAGAAUCAAUAAACACAAUUAGAUGCAGAAUCAGUCAAAUAUAUACAAUACUUGACACACUUGUUUGAGUGACUGUUUGACUGACCAUCAUCAUUUGCAGUCUUGAGGGGAGCCUCACCCUGUCUUUUACUGAACAAGUAGUUGUCAAGGCACCCUGUACAUUACAUUAAAAUACAUUUUCAAUACAUUGCCUAUUUUACAGCCAGACAUCACCCAAGCCACUAGAAGGCAUCAAAGUAUAGUUUAGUAGUACAUUAGUUCUUAUUCAGUUCCUUCAUUUUUCUCACAUGCUGUUUAUUUAUGUUGGCUUUUUGCUAGAUUUUCAUGCUUUAAGAAGCUUGCAUGUAUGACAAUUUAAAACUUAGAGGACUUAAGGCAAUUUAUCUCAUGAAUGGGAUUUUUUUUUCUUGUUUGUGGUGUGCAUGUUGAAAGGGUUUUCUGAUAGGGAUUUUUUUUUCUUUUGGUUUGAACCACAAAGAGAGAGAAAAAAAACUCAUUGAAAAUUAAGACAAUAUUUACAAGAUAGAUUGAUCAUGAUGAUUAUUGAGAUUUUGAUUGUAGUUAACUUUAUGCUACUCAACAAAUGUUAUGUACAAAAAUGAUGUACAGUAGAUUAGUGAAUAUAUAAUAAGUCAUAAAUAAUAAAAGCUAUUUUACAUGGUGCAGUGCUAAGGAUGAAUUUAGUAGUCUCACAGCCUGAGGGAAGAAGCUGCUCUGUAGUCUGAUGGUAUGACAGCAGAUACUUCUGUAUCUCUUUCCAGAUGGCAGCAGGGUGAACAGGCUGUGGCUGGGGUGGGUACGGUCCUUUAGUAUCCGUUGGACUCUGCACAGGCACUUGACCUUACCGAUAUCACUGAUGCUCGGUAGGUUGGUACCAAUGAUUUUCUGAGCGGUUUUAAUCACCCACUGCAGACCCCUCCGGUCCUGGGCCGUGCACAUCCCAUGCCAGUUUGUGAUGUUUCCAGUCAGGAUGCUCUCUAUUGCUCCUCUGUGAAAGUUAACAAGAACCUGGCACAGGAAUUUUGCCUUUUUAAGUUUCCUUACGAAAUACGGCCGUUAAUGAGCUUUCUUGACCAGGGUGGAAAUGUGAGAUGACCACGUUAAGUUCUCUGUGAUGCUGAUUCCCAGGAAGCUAAAACUGUUCAACUGCUCCACCUCAGCUCCACUGAUGUAGACAGGGGUGUGGGUCUUUGCCUCCUUUUUCUCCAAAAUCAACAAUCAGCAUCUUGGUUUUGAUGAGCAGUAGGUUGUACUCUGCAAAAUUGUCGAUUUCCUCCUGAUAUGAAUGAUGUCAUCGUUGUUUGAAAUCUGGCCGAUGAUGGUGGUGUCAUCCGUAAACUUCACAAUAGAGUUGUCUCCAUGUCGGGGUGGCAGUCAUGGGUGGACAGCGUGAACAGAAGGGGGCUGAGCACACAGCCCUGAGGGUCUCCGGUGUUGAGCACUACAGUGGAAGAGGUGUGACUGCCAAUCCGAACUGUCUGGGGUCUGUUUGUGAGGAAGUCCAAUACCCAACUAGACCUGCAAGCAGGUAUUAAUGGGGUCCAAGCCUCCGGUGCAAGUCGCAACAUGGCCCACAGAGGCAAUGCAAGUCGGAUCUGCAGUUCCACGAGCACGAUGGAAGUCGCCGGUGGAGAUCAAUGCAGAGAUUGGAAAAUAUUCAGUUCAGAAACAGUAGCUUGGAAAAAUUAUUUUUGCAUAUUUCAUUAUUUUGCAACAAAAGCGCCACCUAGUGGCUGAUUGGUGCCAAAUUUUGCACUGAGCCUCUGUGGGACAUGGGAAAGUACUGGCCCAAAUUUAGUGUUAUUUGGACAAUCCUAUGUGGAGAUAUGACAUCACUUCCUGUUCCUUUAUAACUUGCAUAUUUUUGGAGUAUCAAAAUUCUUUUAAUUACUUUUGAUCAUGAGGGUCCAUAGAUUCUAUGUGCAAAGUUUCAUGCAGAUCGGACUCACCGCUUAGGAGGAGUUUGAAAAAGUAUGUAUGAGUAUGAAAAAUAUUUCAUGAAGUUGCAAUAGAAGCACCACCUAGUGGCAGGUUUGUGCCGAAUUUUGCACAGAGCCUGGGUGGGGGACGGGAAACUACUGAGCCACGUUUCGUGUUAAUCAGAUAGACCUAUGUGUAGAUAUAGAUGUUAAUUGAUUUUUUCAAAUUUUGAAAAAUAUAGAGUGACGGGCUUCUUAAUUGAACAUAAGUUACAAUGAGGCAAACUUUUGUUACACAUUAGUGGAUGUGCUGAAAAAAAUUCAGCUCUGUAGGACGUACGGCUGAUUUUUUGCGUACAGCUGAAGUUUGGAAUGUGAAACAUCUAGAAAUUUACAUUUGUUUUGAAGCAGGUGGGAACAAUCUCCUGUGACAGUGAUAUGUUAAAAAUGUCAGUAAUGACAUCAACUAGCUGAUUGGCAUAUGUUCAUAGUACACGGCAAGGGAUAUUAUCAGACCCAGCAGUCAUAUCAACCCUACCCUUAUCCAUGCUGUAUCUCUUAAUCUACCUGCAUUGUAUUCAUGCUUGAGCCUUGUAGGAAGAGUUAUGGAAAGUUACAAGGUAUUGAGUAAGCAAACUGCGGAAGCCAUAUUUACAGAAAAAUUACUUGACACUGAUGCAUAUAAUUGAUUGAGCAUUUCUUAGUGUGAAAGGGGUUAUUAAAGUUGUUUUGUGUAGUGUAGUGUACACUUAAACUGACUUUUUAAGUUUGCUAAAAUACAUUUUGUUACUUCCCAGUUUCACAGCAGUGCAUUGCUUAGCUUCCGUGCUGGUACUCCUGUCUGCUGAUAGUCGUCUACUGUAGGUAUUUAUACAGGGGAAACACACGGAGACCACUGUACUGUGUUUACAAGUGAAGCGACAUUAGAGAAAAAAGAAACAAUACUAAUAGCAAUAAUAAUAACGUAAAGAAUGUGUAGGCGUAAUUAACAUUAUUAUUACUAGUGAUUACUAUUAACAUUAUUACAAAUGUAUUGGUAGGCCUAUGUGUUCAGUGACUUUUUCUGUACCAGCACUGCAUGCAGGUUGUUAAUAAAAAAAAUGUAAUUAUACUAUUUUGUCUGCCUAGGACUUAUUUUCUUUUUCUCAUGGUAUUGAGUAUUGUUUUUUAUACUAGUAUUGUAUCGAAGUUUAAAAUUCUGGUACCGUGAUGGCCUUGCUCUGGUAUGGACCAUAAAGACAUGAUGUGACAUUGAGGGCGAUGGGAUGCUGUUCGCCAACCAUUUAUUUGUGCUUUAAGGUCUGAGGCAAAACUACUUAAUUACCUACAUACUUUAUAUAUUAUUCUUUAUUUUCUUGAUCUGGCUUAGAAUUCAAACAUGGGAGAAAUUCAGCUUAUAUUAAAUCCAGGCCCUCAAUAACUGCAAAAAAUAUGGAGUAUUUAGUGUAUGGCAAGGUAAAAGUGUGACUGAAUCAGUUUCAAUAGUUUACUGUUGUUGCAUUUGGACCAGAGGUUAGUAAUGUGAAUACAUCCAGCCUCACUGAGGAAAGGCAAAUCACAAGCAACGGCCAGGUCCUAAUGGACAUCACAAUCAUCACAUUGAAAGAGGGCAAGGAAAGUGUGUGUUUGUGUGGGUGUGUAGUGAGGGAGGGAGGGAGACAUGUAAUACGAAUAUGACUCUAAAAUAGAUCAAUAGGUGUGCUAUUGGAACUAAAGGAACUAUUACAUAACAAUUAAGGCUGACCUGUGUUGUCCAUAAAUUCAGAAUCUGUGUCGGUUACUGUAUCUGUAAGGGUAAAUAUCUCAGGAGCAAAUGUCUCAGAUAAGCCUGGGACUGAGACACAGUGUCCUCUACAAUUCCUUUUCAAAUGUUCUUUAUUUUACAACAGAAAUACCAGCUGCCCACAGAGAAUCCUGUCACCCCUGUGGUUCCAUUUUUAAAGCCCCAUAAACAUUUUAGGAGUCCCUGGAAUAGUUCCAAACAUUCAUUGUUCUCUCAGAGGUUAAUCCUGGUGAUUUGAGCUUUGUCUUAUUCCCUGUACUGCCAUUUGUGUAUCACACAGUGAUGUGUCAGAGUAUUAGAUUUUCCCCACUGUCUGGCAGCAGCAAUUAGUCGACUAAGCAUUGGUGGAGUAUCAGACUUCUUGUUUGUUUUGUUGACAGUUGAAAGGGUUGCUUGUACUUCCAAUCCAACUGAGAUUGAAUUUAUACAGCUUUAAUACUGCUGUAGAUAAAGGGUUUUUCAAAAUAAAACUACUACUUUGAUGCCAAUACAUUCACGUCUGUCACAUUAACUCUAAUUAUGGCGCACAUCUGAUGUGUUCAUUGCACCAGAAAAUAUCAGUGCUAUAAUGUAACAUACAGUAAAUGUGCACAAACACAUACAUAACACAACAAGGACCCCCCUCUCUGUUUUCCCAAGUGGAUAUACGUAUAAUCUUUCUUCUUCAAGUUUUCUGAUUUGAGCCAAAACUUUUUGUUUAACAAAUGUGUUUUCCACUAUGUUGGGUAGGGGCCAUGUCUUGUUUUUCACCAUGACAAUAAUGGCUUUGUUUAUUAUAAAUGAGUUUCUGUCUAUAAUAAAGAAAUCGUUUUUCUAAGAAACUGCCUUACUGUGAUAUUUCAGAUAGAAAACAUGUCUUGCAUCCUUCACUUUACUAGACUGCAUUAACACAGUUGCUACAGUAUAGUCAACAUUAGCCAUAUUAAUGUGGGUGCAAGUAGGUCCAAACCAGCAGUUAAAGAUUAACGUUUUUUUAAGGAUCUUUAAAUCCUUUUUUUAGAAAACCAUCUGUCCAAUGCACAGUUACAGUAACCACACACACAGACACACACAUGUGUAUACACUAACGUGGCUCUGAGUUGUGUUCACUUCCCGAUGUUUGGGGUCGAAACUCGGGCCGCCCAACAACUGAAGACGGGGGACAACAUCUGUCCGCCAUCUUUGUCAGUGCUGCCAAGUAUUAUGGAAACGCACACAGAAGCUGUUCAGGAUGUCUCUCAAUGUGCCGGGUCUGGUGGUGAUGGCGGCGUUCUACCUGCUGAUCUUGGGCACAGGCAUCUGGGCGUCCAUGCGCUCCAAGAGGGAGGAGAAGAAGUGCACAGGGGAUGGCAUGGAGAUAACGCUACUGGCGGGACGCAACAUCAACUUGCUAGUUGGCAUCUUCACUCUUACUGCUACAUGGGUUGGUGGAGGCUUCAUCCUCGGUAUAGCUGAGGCAACAUACAACCCAACACUAGGCGCAGUUUGGGCUCUCAUGCCUGUGCCUUAUGUCCUGACCUUCUUCUUAGGUGGAUUUUUCUUUGCCAAGCCUAUGAGAGAGAACAAGUAUAUGACAAUGAUGGACCCCUUCCAACAUAAGUAUGGGAAUGUUCUGAGCAGUGCACUGAUCUUUCCCGCACUGGUGGCUGAUGUCCUGUGGGUGGCACGCACACUCGUCAGCCUGGGUGGAACUAUGAGUGUGAUCCUGGACCUGUCCUACGUCUACUCCAUCAUCAUCUCCUCAGUGGUGGCCAUAAUCUACACACUGCUGGGGGGGCUCUACUCUGUGGCCUAUACAGAUGUCAUCCAGCUCAUCCUGAUCUUUGUCAGUCUGUGGGUGUGUGUUCCUUUCCUGUUGACCAACCCUCACUCUGUGGACAUCUCACUGACGGCCUACAACCAGACCUUCCAGGCUCCCUGGGUUGGCACGGUGGAGCUCGAUGAAGCUGGCAAGUGGUUCGAUGAUUUCAUGCUGCUGGCUCUGGGCGGUUUGGCCUACCAGGCGUUCUACCAAAGAAUCCUGUCGGCCUCCUCUUACACCCAGGCUCAAGUGACUUGCUUCAGUUCUUCAGCCUUCUGCCUGGUGCUGGGUAUCCCCUCUGUGCUGGUCGGGGCUGUGGCUGCAUCUACAGACUGGAACUCAACCAGCUAUGGAUUGCCUACCCCAUAUGAGCGCAACCAGGCAGGCUCCAUCCUCCCCAUCGCCCUGCAGUACCUCACACCCUCCUACGUCUCUAUCAUUGGCAUUGGAGCUGUAGCUGCUGCUGUCAUGUCCUCCAUGGACUCAGCUCUUCUGUCUUCCGCCUCAUUGUUUUCCGCAAAUAUCUACAAGAACAUCAUCAGGAAGCAGGCAUCAGACCGUGAGAUGCAUUGGGUGAUCCGUAUCUCAGUGGUGGUGGUGGGUCUGGCUGGCACUGCCCUCACCUUCCUGGACAGCAGCGUCCUGGUCUUCUGGCUUGUGGGCGUGGACAUGUCCUACACCAUCAUGUUCCCUCAGCUGGUCUGCGUCCUCUUCUUCAAGGUGUCUAACGGCUACGGAGCCACCGCGGGCUACAUGAUGGGAAUCAUCAUGAGAUUAUUGAGCGGCGAGCCCCUCAUUGGCCUCCCACCUGCCAUCCAUUUCCCUGGUUGCCGGCUGGACGAUGAGGGAAAGCUAACCCAGUUCUUCCCCUUCCGCACUGCCAUCAUGAUCAUCUCGCUCGCAUCCAUUCUGCUCUUCUCCUGGCUGGCGUCCAUCAUUUUCAACAAGGAUCUGCUGCCUGAGAGGUGGGACGUGUUCAAGAUCAAACGCAAGCAGAAACCGACAGCCAGAGCCACAGACAACAAGAGGACCAACUCUGAUAACGAAGAAGCCUCCGCGGGCAAGCAGCUACUGCGCACCACCAGCUGCUGAGGAGGCUCGGCGGACAUGUUUGUCAGCUCGACCCGUGGUCGGCAGGAAAUGUCUCUGUACUGUACAGCAAGUCCACCUAGCUUCUCUCAGUGUGAACCUCUGUAAAUGAUUUGCAGCUAUGUGCAGCAUGACAGGGUUCUCUUUCACACCAGAACAAAGAAAUGCUACCCAAAGAACGAGUACAUGCUCAGCACUGUUCCACGGCGCAUUCGUGAGAGACAUUUUAUUAUUUAACAGUUUAUUUGAAUGUGAUCUGAUCUCUUCCUUUCUCUAGCUGAUCUGCUGCCUGAGCAACAAUAAUUCUUCUUGGCUUGCUAGUUAAUAUUAGAUAAUCAAUUUUUAACUUCUAAAAUAUUACAUAUACAUAUAAUCGUUGCUUAUACACCAAUGUGAUUUUGUUUUAAAAUUACACACUGCUGUUUUCUGAUCCCCAAAACUGAUCAAAUGCUGUUUUGCAGUAGUCCACACUUGUGAAAAUGUUCUUUUUGUAGAGAUUAAGAUUAAUCUGUGUGCAAGCAGAGGACAAUCAGAGUUGUGUGAACAUAUCCAAGAUGUGAAGGUUUAUAGUUAAAUGUAAAUUUUCACAGAGCAACUUUUAUCCUCCAUCUCUAUAAUACUGCUCAGUAGACACCAGCACGUUUAACAUUUGUUUUUUUACCACAAUGUGACCACCCAGCUAUGGAUGUCUAAAGUGUCCCACCCUGUCUGACUGCUCUGAGUUGGGUUGCAGUGCAAUGCUGGUGGCUUUGCUGUGCAAGCAAUAUUGAAAAUCACAAACGGCGACCAAAAACACUUGAACAGAAGUGACCCAAACACUAUUUUAGGCUUUUAAACACUCUGUAGUUUUGUUCUGAUUAUUUAAUAUUACUUGUUUUGUCGUGAAUAGCAGCAGGGAGAGACAAAACUGCAGAACAUGAUCUCAAAGCAUGCUGCAGUUAUUAUAAACCCAUUCCCCUCAUUUACUCAGAUGAUAAAUAACUUAAUGUAGCAGUUUUCUACAACUGCGCAGAGAGAAAGAACACCAGACAUAUCCCUUGUUUUCCUCCUCCUCACCCAUUCCUCCUCCUUGCUUUUCCUCCGUCCAUCACUGUGAGAGAAGUGCCUUUCAGUUUGUCAGUAACUUUGUUCUGUGUAGUUUUGUUUUUGUUUUACUGUCUGAAAAGCUGUGGGUUACAGUGGGAUCAUUUUUUUUUCGUCUGAGGGGGUGAAAAUAUUUGCAGCUAAGAUUCUGAGAAUUUACAUUAAAGUUUCACAACAGUACAAAUUUUACUCCCGUUUCAUGAUUAGUUUUUAUUAGAGAACAUACUGUUUAAUGACCCUUGUGUUUUUUAAAUGUAUGUCGUGUUGUAUUGAGCCUACAUAGUAGUUUGUUGUGCAAAGAGAUUCCUGCUAAUGAGCGACAGUCAGAAAGCCUUCCUCUGCCAUACUGUUGCUUUUAAUAUCACUGGAAACUGGUUUCACUCCGCUGUCAGCGAUUGUUUGCUGGCCAUUGUAAAAUGGGUGUAUACUUACUGGUCAAAUACCUCAUGGACUGGUAAUGUUGGAUUUAAGUAUACAAACCUUUAACCUAUGAUUCUGACUUCUAUCCAAAGCACACUGUAUGAAUGUCACUUUCUAAAGACUGAUCGCACAGAACAAACAGGACACAUGCAGGACACAAUGCAUCCAUCUUUUUAUAUGAUUGUGAUUCCUACCUGUAUUAUACCCUUGUACUGUACAGUCUAAUCAUGAUUUGUAUAUUUUACACUUUUUAUUUUUUAUCAAAAAUGGUCGCUAUGCAUUGUGAGUUUUAGAAGAAAAACACAAAUGUGUAUUUUAUCUCAAGUCAGCAACGUUUAUUUAAGUAAAAUAAAUUCACCUUCAAUUUUGAAGAACAUUAAAUGUAAUUGCACCUUCACACACGUUUAAAUCACUGGGUGGCAGUUCAUUUGUGUCAGCAGUGAUUCAGGAAAAACAUGUUACACAUCAAUGAGUCAAAGUAAUAGCUAUGUGGAACAAACACUCCUGCCCGAUAAUGUCUCCAGUCAUAAUUUGAUGGAAGAAAACUUGUCAGCGGUCCUCAGCAAGCCUACCACAGUAUAGUGAAGGAUGGCAGCACCUUAAUAAUGGAGCAUAUGUAUGUUGUCAUCUAUGCAUUUCAUCACUUUUUGAGGAGAGAUGUUUUAUUUUCCAUGUUUGGUUAGUCAAACAUCAUCUAUGACAGUUGACAGUUAGUUUUAUAAUUGAAAUAUGCUGUGAGUUCUAUGUAUUUUCCCCUAAUAUGUAUUUGGUUUUAUACUAUUAUGCAUGUUGACUGCAUGUUUGUAUAUAGAACUUUCAUGAAGGCUGUUCUCUCUUGCCACUUGGCAAGGUCCUACUUUAUAACUGAUUAAUGUAAAUCCCCAUGGGGUGAUGUUCUGUCAGAAUAAAGGCUGAAACCAAA